AAAUGUUGGGGGGCUGGGCAGGGCGGAGCACAAAGGAAACCCGCCCCUGAUUCCACCCCCAGCAGAGAUUGGCAGAGCUCGGGUCGAGUCCUAGCCAAUGGGCGCGUUCCGGGGCGGGCCUGGAAAACGGCUGUUCAGGGGAUUUAAGAGUCGUCCGCGCGGCUGUAGGAAAGCCGAGUGGAGCCGGGACUUGCCAGGUGGAGCAGACGCCCAAGCCAGCGUAGACACGGAGCGCACCCGCAACCGCUCGGGGUACCUCACCUCACUGCUUGUCUCCGGAUAGAUCGGAACCGCAGUCCCACGCGACUCCAGGACCCACUCGCCACUGCUGCCUCCACAGCACCCAUGGAGACCUGGAGACUUUAAAAGGAGUUUGGGGUUUCGGGCGCAGGGAAAUCACGGAUCUCAGUUGCUGGCCCUGGCCUCGCCGCGUCAUUGAUGGGCAACCAACUAGACCGCAUCACCCACCUCAACUACAGCGAGUUGCCCACUGGGGACCCAUCUGGGAUUGAGAAGGACGAGCUGCGAGUCGGGGUUGCCUACUUCUUCUCGGAUGAGGAGGAGGACCUGGACGAACGCGGGCAGCCGGACAAGUUUGGUGUGAAGGGCCCCCCAGGUUGCAGCCCUUGCCCAGAGAGCCCCAGCCGCCGCCACCACCACCUGCUGCACCAGCUCGUCCUCAACGAGACUCAGUUCUCCGCCUUCCGGGGCCAGGAAUGCAUCUUUUCCAAAGUGACCGGCGGCCCUCAGGGCGCCGACUUGAGUGUCUACGCGGUCACUGCGCUGCCCGCGAUCUGCGAGCCGGGCGACCUGCUAGAGCUCUUGUGGCUACAGCCGGCGACCGAGCAGCCCGCGCCAGCCCCUCACUGGGCCGUCUACGUGGGCGGAGGGCAGAUCAUCCACCUGCACCAAGGCGAGAUCCGCCAGGACAGCCUGUACCAGGCGGGCGCGGCCAACGUGGGCCGGGUGGUGAAUAGCUGGUACCGCUACCGCCCGCUGGUGGCCGAGCUGGUGGUGCAGAACGCCUGUGGCCACCUGGGCCUCAAGAGCGAGGAGAUCUGCUGGACGAACUCCGAGAGCUUCGCUGCCUGGUGCCGCUUUGGAAAGCGCGAGUUCAAGGCUGGCGGGGAGGUCCCCGCAGGCACGCAGCCUCCGCAACAGCAGUAUUAUCUCAAGGUGCAUCUGGAGGAGAACAAAGUGCACACGGCCGGUUUCCACAGCCUGGAGGACCUCAUCCGCGAGAAGCGUCGCAUAGACGCCAGUGGCCGCCUGCGAGUGCUGCAGGAGCUUGAGGACUUUGUGGACGACAAGGAGUAGCUCCCGAGGGGCAGCUCAGCGCGCCAGUUCCCACGCCCGGAGUUCCCUUUCAAUCCCCGCAGUUCUGCACCCCACGCCCCCCUAACGCGCCCGCCCAGGGCCAGCGGCUGGAAGCUUCGGGAACUAACCAUCCCCCACCUCCCGCACUGGGCGGGCGCAGCUGCGCGCCCCUAAGACAACCCUGGUGUUGGUGACCAUGCCGGGGUAACCCAACCUGCACCUCUCCCCUGGGUUGUGAAGGGAAGGAGGGAACGGGCAAAAGGGGAGCGAGGACACUACCUUUCCAGCGAGCCAAUGGUCAGUGACUCUUCAGCAGACAGGGCAAGUAUCCUUACUCACAGGGAACCGUCACCACCACCCCCAGAUGCGCACACACAGACCAGUCGGAGGUGAGAAUUGGUCUUUUCCGGACACAGUUCAACUCCCGAGUGGAGAGUGGAUGUGUCUCCGAUAUCAGAAUUCCCAUGAAACCGAGCCUGUCUCUGUACUUAGGAGCACUUCAGGGACUCCAGGUUACCCUGAGGUUGCCUGGAACUGUCUUGCAGCUCUCCAGCUCAGAGACUCCUGACAAAGCAUUCCAGGUUCCGGGUUGAGCUAGAUAGGUUUGGCUUCUCCGUUUAGUACAAACAGAAGCAGAUGCCAUCCCCGGCUUGACCGACACUUGCCAGAAGGAAAGCUUUCGGGGUCCCGGGAGGAAAAUGGCUGAAGCACCUCUUUGGGAGAGGAGGGCCUGCUGGCUCCCGAAAAGGAGCUAAUUCACCUGGCCUGUGGGCACUUGAACUUAGGAAGGAGGAGGCUUUUUGCUCGGAAGCCCUUGAUUGCUUCCCUUCUCACCCAGAGUCCUGUUUUCUAAGGGACUGAAGGAGAGGGAGGCCGGGAAGAUCUCUAACAUUCCAGAAACCAGCAUUAGGACAGCCUAGCCAGUGUCUUUAGUUUGGCUUUUCCUAAUUAGAAGAUCUUAGAAGGCAGGGGGCAGGUAGAAAUUGCUUGUAAAAUGAAACAGCAGUUUUCCAACGAUAUCAACAAAGCCUACAGUGUCGACGCUUCUCUUGAUCAUUUUUAGCAACAUGCUAAUGAAAUUUCAAAUUGAAAUUUUUAUUUUCAUGGCUUUAAUCCAUGAUAGCUUAAAUACUGGGGGCCAUUAGGAGUGGAAUUUAGCUAAGACCUUAGCUGACAUUGCUUUCACUCUGGUUUUUCUCAACUCUUAUGAGAAUUCUGUUUGGGGAUAUUAUAAUUAUUCCUUCCCCCCCCCUUGGCUUUACAAAGCAGGCUUGCAAUGGUGGAACUGUUUAUUAGUGUGUAUGUUGUACUGAAUUUUUGUCAGUUCAAGGGUCUGCUGCUUUGGUGAAAAUUGCUAGCAAGUUCCACGAGAGUUCUUUUCUUCAUGCUGUUUACCAUCAUCAUUUCAUCUUUACAUUUUCCCCCUCUCCUCACCUCUUCAUCCCCCUUGAAAGGAAUCUAGAGCUCAUGGGCUUUGGGGCCCUCUUUUGUAGCUUGUCCUGCUGUUUAUUUCUGAGAACAGGGAAGCGCUCUUAGAAGCAGGGCAAAAUGUGUGUCUUUCUAAGCACGAAGGUUAUGUAAAGUUCCUCCCUUUGGGCAAGAGUUUGUGGGGUUUUCUCCAAGGGAUACAACCCCAGCCUAACUGAUCGUUACUUGAUUAUAUGAGUUAGACACACCUUGGAAGGUAUACAGUCUCUCUUGAGGGAGUUUGUCAAAUAUUGGUGUUUAGCUAAUGGUUACAAGCAAUUGAAUACUAUGGUUUAGUUGAACAGCAAACACUAUGUCCAAAGCCACUUUCUAGGCAUUUCAAAAAUAAUGCAAUAAAAACUAGUGGAAGUUAGCUGACAGGGAAAUGCCAUUUCCAUGGUAAAUGGUUUGUUUCUGUAUUUCUGGGGAUUUUGUUGUUGUUGUUGUUUUGUUUCAUUUUGUUUUCAUGCUGGAUUCAUUCCCUGAUCUUGAGUCAAAAGGUCAAAUCAAUGAAAUAUGAACUAAAGUAUUUUUCUGAAGCCAAUCGAGUGAUUUAUUUUUUAAAACUGCUUAUGCUUUUCUUUCAGCACAUACAACAGCAAAACUUUUGUAACAACUAAACUUAACCUUUGCAUGUAUGGAGAACUGAAAGUCAUUUAUUUCUCUAACUUAGUCUUUUGGCAAGUGACAGAUGGAUGACCAUACACCGAGACUCUUUCUUGUGUCUACACACACCAUAUCCUUUCCUGUGUCCUACUACUACUGUAUCUUGGCUCCCUGCUCAAUUAAACACCAUCCUAAGCACUGGUUCCAACAGGACUCCUUCUUGACACUGUGUCACUGAGUGGGCAGAAGAACUCAUUAGUCUCUCUCACACCUAAAACUGAAUUCUUCUUUUGAUGGCACUUAUAUGCUUUCUAAGAGGGUCACGCUAACAGGGGAAUGGUUCAUAAACCUUAUACUUGCUGAAACCUGAUGUCAGUGAAGACCAGAUUGGGAUUUAUAAAUAGCAUUUGUUAUUAGAGUGAUCUACCGAGGUCUUGGUGGACGAUAAUACUUUUACAAAUUCACAAUAAUAAAACACCAAUCCAAAAAAAAAAAGGGAAUUUGAAAGGGGGUUUAAGGUUGGAGAUCUCUUUGUAUGGGUCAUUUGCGUUUUAUUGUGGGCCAAUCCCAUUUUUCUAGAUCGUAUUGGUUACAGGAAUUAAGCCAUGAGUCUUCUAACUUUUGUAAAAGGACAAUAAAGUAGCUUUAGUUUUUGCUGUCCUUGGGAGCUCUGUAGUAACUCCCAUGGUGGGAAAAGAGUGAAGCUGAACUCUGUUCAACCCUUACCAGAAUAGAGGCCUCCUCUACCUUUUCUCCCCUGCUAAGAGACAGAUCUGAAAAGCAAAUUACUACCUGGAAAAAAAAAGAGAGAGAAAUUUAAAAUGCAGAUGAACUAACUGCAUUAAGCAAGCAAACAAAAUGAAUAAAACAGAUGGGAAAGUUGAGCUGGCCAGACUUUUGAAAAAUAAAGCCCUCCAAUG